UUAAACAUUAGUGGUGGUUGUUUAAUAGGUGAUCGAUAAUCGCAUCAUCACACAAACAAACUCAGCAGCUUCCUGAUUGGAUGUGACCUUCACAGAGACGUUACUUAACCCCGCCCCCGGGCGAUUCCUAUUGGCCAGCUGCGAACGUAAAUAAACCCGCCCCGGCCUCUGAUUGGCCGGAGCGCGCUGCGUCCCCGCGGUCCCUCCGUGCUGGCGGCGGAGGCGCGUGCACGUCUCCGGUCAGCUGGAGCAGUCGGUCUGUGGAACCGGGACGAGCGUGAACGAGUCACAUCCUCUUCUUCUUCUUCGUCAUCGUCGUCAUCUUCAUCGUCGUCGUCGUCGUCGGCCGCGAUGAAGCUGGUGAGGUUCAUCAUGAAGAACGCGGCUCUGGCCAGUGUCCCCAGACACAUCGAGCAUUUCUCCAAGUUCUCCCCCUCCCCGCUCUCCAUGAAGCAGUUCCUCGACUUCGGUUCAAUCAACGCCUGUGAGAAGACGUCCUUUGUCUUCCUGAGACAGGAGCUUCCUGUGAGACUCUCCAACAUCAUGAAGGAAAUCAACCUCUUGCCUGACAAGCUUCUCACAACGGCGUCCGUGCAGAUGGUGCAGAGCUGGUACAUCCAGAGCUUAAUGGAGAUCCUUGAAUUCCUUGACAAGAAUCCCGACGACCACAAAGUCCUGGGAGAGUUUGUCGAAGCCUUGGUUACCAUCAGAAACAGGCACAACGACGUCGUGCCAACCAUGGCCCAGGGCAUCAUCGAAUACAAAGAGGCCUUCUCCCAGGACCCAGUGACCAAUCAGAACAUCCAGUACUUCCUGGACCGCUUCUACAUGAGCCGCAUCUCCAUUCGCAUGCUCAUCAACCAGCACACUCUUAUCUUUGACGGCACCACCAACCCUGUCCACCCCAACACCAUUGGCAGCAUUGAUCCUCUCUGUCGAGUCGGAGACGUCGUCCAGGACGCCUUCAACAGUGCCAAGAUGGUGUGUGACCAGUACUAUCUCUGCUCCCCCGAUCUGAUACUGCAGGAGAUGAACAAUAAGAAGAAGAACCACUCGAUAAACAUCGUGUACGUGCCCUCUCACCUCUAUCACAUGCUCUUCGAGCUCUUUAAGAACGCAAUGAGAGCCACCAUCGAGACCCAUGAGAGCAGCAACAACCUCCCACCCAUUCAAGUCAUGGUGUCUCUGGGAGGCGAGGACAUGUCAAUCAAGGUGAGUGACAAGGGUGGUGGUGUCCCAUUUCGUAGGAUCGAGAACCUUUUCAGCUACAUGUACUCCACCGCUCCCACUCCACAGAUAGGAGAGCACACGAGGCCUCCACUGGCUGGCUUCGGUUACGGCCUGCCCAUCUCUCGACUCUAUGCCAAGUACUUCCAGGGGGACCUGCAGCUCUACUCCAUGGAGGGCCACGGCACAGACGCUGUCAUCUACCUGAAGGCGCUGUCCACAGACUCCAUCGAGAGGCUGCCGGUGUACAACAAGACCGCUCUGAAGAACUACAAAGUGAGCCAGGAGGCAGACGACUGGUGCAUCCCCAGCAAAGAGCCCCUGGAUCUGAGCAACUAUAAGGUGGCCAAGUGAAAGCGUCCCGGUGCUUCAAGCCUCCAGAGUCUCCACGGUCUCGUGUCAUCGCUCUGCCGAGGCAGACGAGGGCGCUCUGGUGUUAGCCUGUAGCUCGUUCGCGUUGUUUUCAGUUUUUGUCGUUCUGCUGCUUCUUCAUAAGAAAAUAGACAAAUAGGAAACAGGUACUAACACUUGUCACCACUGAGACGUUUGGAGAUGCAGCUCCGAUGUUGCUAAAAUACACUUAGCAUCAGCAGUGUGUAUGUGUGUGUGUAUGUGUGAGACAGAGGCAGCACCCAGCAUGCAAUGGGAGUUUAAAAAAAAAAGGUGUGAAUAUGAGUGGACUGGUGAAGAGUAGCAGAUGCUGGUAUAAGUUUUCCCUUUUAAGACAUUUGACAUGUUCUGACGUGUAAAUGUUUGAGGGGAAAAAACAGCGGAGUUAAUGAAACCUGUUGUUGAACAUUUGAACGAGAACCACAUCCUGUCGUCUUCACGUCACCGAGGCCUUAAAGUAGCAACUUCACCCAAAGGCUCCUUCGUAGAAUCUACGUGAACCAUUAAAAACGAAUCACUCUCGUUGCACGUUGGUAAGUUUUCAGAACUGGUGAGUGUAGGUCUGAACAAGUGUUCCCUCUUUAGUCAAGAGCCUUUUCAUUCAGUUUGAGAGAAGUUCGCUCUCACUCGAAACCCUGCGCUCACGCUCAGUUAUCCUCUGCUUGAGCUUAGAUGUCCCGUGCACCAGCUUCAGCUUUACUCCUCGCUGCCUCAUUGAAACAUCUGGAGAUUCCUCCACCAAUGGAAAUACCAGGUGUAGUGAUAAUGAAAUUGCCCAAGCAAAAUAGAGCGCAAGCGUUAAAAAAUCUAAACUGUGAUAUCAAUAAGUCCUACUCCGGAACUGAAAGUCCGCGCUCUAGAGUAAAGAGAGGACAAAAAAAAACCCACCAUAGAUUUCUGUGUGGACGAUUGUUCGACUUGUUUCUCAUUUCUUUAAAAACAUGGUGUUCACACUGAGAGAUAAGAUACAGAGUUAUCUUAGUAUCCUUAGUUUUUUCUGGACCAGGAUGAAUGUAAUCAGUCUUCGGUGCAUUAAUUAGCAUUAAUUACUAAAUAAUAGGAGCUGCAGCGGCGAAGGGCCCAAGUGCUCUUUGCUUUUUGGCUGAUUUCUCUGCAGGCUGUUGAACCACAGGAGGUUUGAGCUCGCUCUGCG